AAAGAUAAGUUGACCGGUGAGAAGCAGUAGUAUCGGGUGAAUGAAAUGGAGGGGGAGGGGUGUUCCGCCGGUGACGCUUUUAGGGUGAGUGUCAGUCAACUGGUCUCCUGGUGCGACGUCACUUUUUUUAGUCAAAAGUCACGGGCGGCGACCGGUUGUUCUCGUCCGCUCUGCUUUACCCGUUCCGACUCUUCCCUAAACAAUUACCCUGAUCAUAAUUACCUUCGUCUUCGUUCGUCGCAAGGCCAUUAUUUGUCCCCGCAAUGGCUUCUCGAUCCCCGGCGGCGGUUACUCCACUGCCAAAAUUAUCGUCGGCUCCCCAGACGCCCAUCGUUAGGGAUACAACGGCUGCACCAUCAACAGUGCCGCAACCAGUUCCCUUCCCUCCUCCACAGACGUUCGAUAUUAUCCCACCAUUGCACGGUCUGCUUCUCCGACUACUCUCACCACAGCCAAAUACUGAAGGUGUAUCAAAUGACACACGAGCCGCCGAAGAUCCCGCUGUUGCUACAGCUCCCACCGGUGCCACGUCCACUGCGGCAGGCCAGUCUCAGUCUCACCCACAACACCAGCAAUCGGCUGCUGGGAACCAAAGCAAUGAUGGCCAUGGCGUAAUGCCCACUGCUUCCUCUGCGGCACCAGGUAGCGCCUCCGCUGCGGCCGAGAUAGCUGCGUUGAGUUCAAACGCGCCUCCACCGCUAGACAUUAAAGACCUUCCUACCGAGGCCAGCUCCAUCAAGAUUCGUAUACAGAAAGCACAAGCUGUGGUGGAUAGCCUGCCUGAUGUGCAGCGGUCAGUUGUGGAACAGGAGAGGGAGAUUAAAGAACUCGAGCAUAGAAUCUCUAGACUCAAAUCGGUCAUCUCAGAUUUUGGGAGAAGAGCGGACUCUGCGAAGACAGAGACAGCGGAGAUGGAAGCAGCUUGAAUGGAGACUCCACUACGAUAGGAAUGUCUGUUCCACGGCGGUAUUCCUAUCGUGACGGUAAUGGAUUUAAACAGGCUUCAGACUGCCUUAUAAUUUGCGGUCAGUGAGAGAAAACAUUGGAUCCGUCAUGGAAGCACAACUUGCGAAGCCUGACGAUGGCUUCCCUGUGCCAGUCUGGAUUGUGGACAGACACAUCGGUUUGCUAAGACCUGGCUAAGCAUGGGAGAGUAAAGUGUGCUAGAUACCUUGGGGGCAAUUAAUGGAUGCUAUGUUCCAUGAACCCUAAUGGCGUUGCUACAUGGAAGACCUCGUUACAGCUGUCUAGCCGCGAUAACUUAGGAAUCCAUGUAAGAGGCCUGAUUCACCCUUCUUAGAGUGGCAAAUG